AUGAGUUCCCGGGGCAAUCUUCAUUCCACAAAUACUGAUAAUCAAACAUUCCCCAACCCACACCUCACGCCUUCAGAAUUCGGAGAUGUAGCUAGCGUUUUAUCGUCGCGAAUGACCGACAUAGCUUCAGAAGAUGGAGACGAUACAGACACCUUUUCCAAUCCAAUUCCAUACGGUCGUCGAUUGAGCCAGCGUCAUAGUAUACAGACUGGGGAUGGAACCUCAAGGCCAGGCACAGGACUCACGGCUGUGUCUUCCAGGGGAACUUUCGGCCAAGCUGCCUCUUCUCGAAGAAUUUAUAACCCAGGAAUAAUUGCGCAACGAGGGAGCACAUCAGGACGACCCCCAAGCUCUACCAGUAAAACCCACGUACCAUCUCUUAAUUCACAUACUUUCUUCCGACCGAUGAGUUCCCAGAAACUCCAAGCGCAACGUGCAGGAUCUCGGCCAGUAACAGUUAUACAACAAGGAUUUGGCGAGGACGGGUCUUUGGAUGGUGGUAGUGUAAGGAGGAGCGUGUAUUCAAACAUUACUAUUCCACAACAAAUCAUCAGCGAAGAUGCAGAUCUGCCACCACCACCAUCUCGAGGGACAGAAGUGACAGAACUUGGAACAGCAGACAGAGCUACCGCAGAUACAAGUCCUACGCAUGGCCAUGCAGCCGACAGCUUCACAGACAGUGUGCGGCCUCUGCAAAAGGGUCCAGCGAAUAUGAAAGGGCUGAGCCUAAACGUUGAUAAGGGUUACAAAACCGGCACUUCGACUCCUAAAACUCCACGGUCUUUUCAUUCGAAUUUUCUGAUGCCUGUGAGGAACGAUGGGCCUGCUGGAAGCGCUAGUCCGAGUCGCAGCAACCAUGGCCGCGAAAAGCUCUCGUCCGUUGCUUCUUCUCCAGGCUUUACACCGGUGGAUGCGCAACAAAAGAAUGUGCAGGCUCAAAAUCUUGGUAAAAACCAUCAGUAUUUCACUGGCAACACGGCAUUUUGCUGGGGAGGCCGACUGCAGAAUACUCGACAUAGACCUAUCAACAUUGCCACGGGAUUAUUCGUUGUCGUACCAUCAAUCCUUUUUUAUAUAUUCUCGGCACCAUUCCUAUGGCAUCAUGUUUCACCUGCGGUACCCAUUUUGUACGCCUACGUUUUUUACAUCUGCAUGUCCUCUUUCAUACAUGCCUCUGUAUCUGACCCUGGAAUCCUACCACGAAAUCUACACCAAAUGCCCCCGUCAGACGAGAAUGAAGAUCCGCUUCGACUUGCGCCACCACAAAAUGAUUGGACUAUGAUAAAAUCGGCGCAAUCUAGCACGGCUGCUAUGGAAGUACCUACAAAAUACUGCAAGACUUGCAAUAUAUGGCGACCUCCGAGGGGACAUCAUUGUCGAGUUUGUGAUAAUUGUAUCGAGACUCAGGAUCAUCAUUGUGUCUGGCUGAAUAAUUGUGUCGGGCGUCGAAAUUACCGUUACUUUUUCGCAUUUGUGACUUCUGGUACACUUCUUGGAACGUUUCUCCUCGGUGCAAGUAUCGCACAAAUUAUUGUCUAUGGACAUCAACAACACAUUUCAUUCGGCGCUUCAAUUAAUCAUUGGCGAGUUCCCUUCGCAAUGUUCAUUUAUGGUCUCCUCGCUACCCCUUACCCUGGUGCAUUAAUGGUAUAUCAUUUCUUCCUAAUGGGCCGAGGCGAGACCACACGAGAAUAUCUCAAUUCUCACAAAUUCAUCAAAAAAGAUCGUCAUCGUCCAUUUACUCAGGGCAAUCUUAUUGGCAACUGGAUUGCAGUACUUUGCCGCCCACGACCUCCCACUUACCUCAAUUUCAAACGUAAAUAUGAGGAUGGCGAUCAACGAUUUGGUGAGCGAAGGGGGAAGCGAACAGCUCCACUUACGAAGGAAUUUGAGGGGGGUGGAAACGCAAACGCCAACGCCAACGCCAUGGAAAUGCAAGAUGUUCAUAUAGCGGAAGGUGAAGGGUUUCAAGGCCCUACUUCGCUAAGACAGAUGACUUGA